AUGGCAAGCAUCAAGGUGGCUAUCAUAGGCGCAGGAGAAGACGAAAUCGGCGGUACGUUCAAGUAUCGCUCAUAUGAGAAUGCGGAGCUUGUCAGCUCUAAGCAGCUGACCGCAUUCUCUGACCAUCGUUUUCCCCUCGACUCUCCUGAUCACAUUUCUCUCCCACAAUACGUCAACUAUCUCAAAUCGUACGUUGACCGCUUCGACCUUGCACCAUAUAUCAAACUCGGUUGCCGCGCCAUCGACAUUACCCCGUUAAAUUCUAGAGACCAGAAGUGGAAACACCGAGUAAGAUUCAUCGACGGCGCAACGGGCGAAGAAGAUCAGUUUGAUUGCUCGCACGUCGCCAUCUGCACAGGCCUUCACGUUGAACCCAACAUUCCCUUGAUUCCCGGAAUCGAAGAUGUUCAAGGAGAUGUGUUCCAUUCCUCACGUUAUAAAGCCAGGUCUCAGCUGGCUGGUCGCGACGUUCUCAUACUGGGCUGCGGCGAGACGGCCAUGGACAUUGCCUAUGAGGCCGUCAAAGCUGAUGCCCAAUCCGUUACGAUGUGCUACCGAACUGGUUUCCUCUCCUUUCCCAAAGCACUUAGUCGAUUUCAAGUGUUCGGCAGGCAGUUCAAAGGAGGGUUACCGAUUGACGGUCUCAUUACGAAUCUGUUUGAGACUGCGUACGUUCACCGAGCGAUAGCUAAGAGCAGGUUACGUUGGUUCGUCUCCGACUUCGUCAUCAAACGUGUGCUGUGGCUCCUGAGUGGAACUCAAGCUGGGAUGAACCAACAUGUUGGCGGCUUGCCACCGGAGAGACUGGGAAGAGCAUUUGUUUUCCUCAACAAGAGCAACAAGGCAAUGCCUUACUUGAACCGGCCAUACAAGAAAAAGAACCCAAUCCUAGAUUUCAUUGGAAACAAGUAUGUUGAUCCGCCGGAAGAUGCGACUUCGGAGAAAUGGGUGGACACCUGCACGUUCCCUUCCUGCAUCGACAGCACCGGCAAAGUGAUAUUUGAGCCAAGGCUGGACAGGAAAGAUUGGCAAAGGAUGAAGAAUAAGUCUGUCAGGCCUAAUUGCGUUAUAUACUGCACUGGUUACAAACAGGUCUUCUCAUGGCUCGACCCUUACUACCCCACCGCCGCCGAAACGAACAUCCGCAACAUCAUCCACUCCUCCCACCCCGACGUCGCCUUCAUCGGAUUCGUGCGCCCCGGCGUCGGCGCAAUCCCUCCAAUCGCCGAACAACAAGCCAUGUGGUGGACAAGCCUUCUCCUCGGCCGCAUGCGUGUUCCAACUUCUCCCCCGCACUACCACCUCCUUGCAAGCAAAGGGUCGCGCAUCCAAUACGGCGUCGACUACAGCGCCUACAUGAGUACUUUAGCGCGAGACUUCGGCGGCGCGCCUGGCCUGCUUCAACUCUACCGGCGCCACAGCUUGCGCGUACUGCUUGUGUACUGCUUCGGGGCCAGCUUUGUCACGUUUUACCGGCUUGUGGGGCCCUUUGAGUCCUCUGACGCGCCCAAGAUUGCAAUGACGGAGCUGGCGGAGACGAUUCUGAGGAGAGGCAUUGUAGGUAAUUUGCUGUUUGGCGUCGUGCCGAUGGUCUUUUAUGGGAUUUUGAAUGCGAUGGCAUAUCUGUUGGAUCUUUGCGGGCUUAUACCGGAAGAGAAGAGUGUGUUGCUAGAGCCCGGCGCCAUCGAGCAAAUCUACCUGUCAGGCUAA